AACUGUAUAUAACUGGUAAAAAAUAUAUAUGUUCUUCAGGAGCAAUUUUUGGGAUAAUAUUUAUGAGGCUACUAAAUGUUUAGAAUUGUUUAGAAAGCAAUCCAUCAUAUUGCAAUUGAUCUACAAUGUCUUCAAUGAUUCCUCCGGCUGUUGAUCCUGAAGUUGCACUUCUCUUGACUAAUGAAGAGACCUUAUGUGAGAAAGCAAUCACUUUAUUGCUCAAGAUCAGCAGCAGUAUUGUGCAACAACCUAAUGAAAAGAGAGUGAGGAGUCUCAACCUGAACAGCCGGGCAAUGGAGCUAACGCUGCUGCCGGCUCAUGGUGCCUUUGAAUUAUUGUUCUUCAUGGGCUUUCAGGAAGCCAAUGACCGAUUGGUCAUGCCAGAUGAUGCUUGCCUGGAGACAGUGAAGAUGUACCAAGAACAGCUCCAUCAACUGCUCAACUGGAAGACUUCUAAUUCUUCUGGGGGUUCAGGAGGGGCAGCUACAGACCGCUCUCUUCCAAGUCCUACCUCACUGCACAGCCCAGCCUUACUCCGCUCCUCCUCUGCUAAACAAUCCCCGCAAGACAAGACCAAAAAUAACAAAGCCCAAGAGAAGAAGAGAUUACCUAGUGGAGGAUCAAUUUCCAGUAGUGGUAACCAAAGCAGUUCUUCAACCUCAAAAGUUAUGGCUGCUCUUACGUCCAAAAGCUCGCCUGGGAGCUCCAUGACUGAGAAUAAAACUGUGACAACUUUUCCCAGUAAAAAAUAUAGUUUAAAAAAGACAGAGAAAGACAGAUCUCAAUUAGAAAAUGUUCCUAAAAAAAUUACUAAAGCCAGUAUGAUGUCGUCUAGAGUUACUUCUGACAAGCCUAAACCUUCUCCCACACGCCAGUCUUUAACACUUGAAAAUGGCCAUGUGAAAAUGUCUGAAAUCUCUGAUUCCAAACCUACAGAUAAUGCAAAUGGUGGAAAAAAUCCAGUUAGAACGCCUCACUCUGCUGUGGUGACACCAGCGGCAUUGAAUGUUAAGGCCAUGGGUCAACCUGCAGUUGCAUUGUGCACAGGCCCCCAGCAAACUGACAGCCUGCCUCCUCCAGUGAACGGUGCGCCCAUGAAGCCAUCGGACACCGCAUCACGCAGCAGCAGCAGCAGCCACGCGUCUGCCAGCACAGGGGGCAGCAGUGGGAGUGCAAGCGGCAGCAGCUCACUUGCUUCGUCCGUCGUGACGCCCUUGAGCAGCUCCACUGUGACCGCGGCCGCCACAGGCGCCACAAGCAAACGUCUGUCUCCUUACAAGUUGCAACCACAUCAGCGCUGGCUGAGCCGCUUCCAAGGUUACCUGCAACGUGUCUUAACUUAUGAAGAUCCUGUGAACCAAGCCAAAGCGCGAUCCUUGAUACCCAUGGCACGUUUGCACAGCGCAGCCAAUACUCAGCUAAAGCAAGCACUUCUUGCUCGCAAAGAAGGUGCCAAAGGUGAAGCUAAAGUAAAGGAACCUCAUGAGCGACUUGAUAAACCCCUAGAUCUCAAUGACCACCUACUAGGCGAGCUCACUAAUUGGUUCAAGAGCGACUUCUUCCGUUGGUUUGACUGUGGUUGGUGCUCGGCGUGUCGCUGCAACAUGGCCAGCAAGAGCACCGUGCCUCCUACCAAGCAUGAGCUCAAAGGAGAGGCCAACACAGUAGAAUAUUACCAGUGCCAGAGGUGCGGCGCAGACAGGAGGUUCCCCCGCUACCUGGACGUGGGGCGGCUGCUGGAGACGCGCGAGGGCCGAUGUGGGGAGUGGGCGUCUUGCUUCACGCUCUGCUGCAGGACGCUCGGCUUCGAUGCCAGACAAGUAUUCGAUGAGACCGACCACACCUGGACGGAGGUUUGGUCGCAGUCUCAGUCGCGUUGGGUGCACGUUGACCCAUGCGAAGGCCGCAUCGACUGCCCCCUGCUGUACGAGUGCGGCUGGGGCAAGGCCCUGAGCUACGUCAUCGCCGUGUCCAGGGACGAGGUCAUGGACGUCACAUGGCGCUACACGCUCCAGCCUAACGAGGUUAAGAAGCGCCGCGACAAGGUGAGUGAAGAGGAGCUGUGUCAGCAUCUGUGGGGCUUGACGGUGCAGUUGCAGCAGCAGCACCAGCAGCACACGCGCCAUCAGCUCCACAUCAGGAUGGCUCGGGAGAUCGCCUCCUUCUUCUCUCCAACUCGAACGCCCACUAAAGCUGAACUGGAAGGCCGCAGCUCUGGUUCAUUGGGCUGGCGAGUCUCGAGAGGGGAGACUGGCGUGCUGCAGACCACGUCACACCACACCUUCACCCUCCACCACACCGCGCGCAUCACCACGCUCUCUGUCAAGUACAAUCCAGUCCGAGACUCUUACCUGUGCGAGGGCACCGUAGGCCCAGCGAUGCUGCAGGGCUGGCAGUCCGGCGUGCACACGGCAGCUAACCUCGCCAUCAAGCGGGAACAUGACUGGCAUAACGUCUACAUCGCCAGGACCGAAGGGGAGACGGGCGCGCGCGUUGGAGAGGUGACGUGGCGCGUGCGUUGGGAGAGCUGCCGCGUGCGCUUGGAUGCGCUGCACGUGGUGCUGCGACACGCGCUCUUCCAUGGCGCCACCGUCACGUGGGGCGUCACCGUUGACGGCGAGCAUCACGCUGGUGACCACAGCGGAGAGCUUCGAAUAGAGAAUCUGUGCAGCCGAGCUGCCAACAAAGCAGCCGCUAACCUCAAGUCUUGCUUGGUUACUGGCAGCAGCGCUGCUCUUGAUUCCAACCAGGAUAACAACAAUCCAGCCGCCGACGCUGGCCAACAAUCCCAAUCAGCCAAAUCGAAAAUUAACGACAAAGACACAGCAAAUAAAGCUAACAAAUUUACUCGGAGGGCAAGUCCAUCGGAAACGUCUUCUCGAAAUAACGGUGGCGUGGAGGCCUCUCACCGUCACUCGUCAACCUCACCAAGCUCGAGAGGUGCUAAGCCUCGAGGCAAAAGUAACGACCCCUGUAAGAGUUCUAAUAUAUCUAAGGGUAAGUCUCAUGUGCCAGUCUCCCCCGACGUUCGUAAAUUAUCCAAGAAUCAAAGUGGCAAUAAUAAACCUGUUCCUUCUGCAUCGGUCAAGGCCGAAUCAUCAAGUUCAGAUAACAAGAACGUAUCUCAACGAUCAGCUAGUGAGUCCCGGAAAGGGGCUGGCUUGGCUGUAGACGACAGGCAACGACCAUCAUCUGGCGGCAAGUCUUCAUCAAUAAAACAAACGGCGUCUGCUGUCAGUGGACAGGACAGAAAGGAAGCAUGGGGUAGUGGUGACAGGACGACCGGUGGCCUGGACAACACGUGGCGUGAUGGUAAAGUGAGCGGAGAGCUUGUGGUGAGGGCGGUGCUGGGGGGCGGCGAGGGCGAGAGCGCGUGGCAACAUGCGCAGCUUUUCCGCUUGCCCGACACUGAUGUGGACUCUGCGCCUUUCCUCAUAGAACUAAACUUCCUGUAAACUCUUUGUUGAUGCAGCGUGCAACUUUUGAAAGAUGAGAAUCGUUUAGCAGCUUCAGGUUGAAUCUGGUAAUCAAUCAAAAACAACUUGAUGUCUAACAUUCAUACGAAUCAUAACUCUCAUCAUGUUUGAACUUCAAAAUGUUUGAAAUUCUGUUAAAUAGUUGCACAGUGUUUGAAAAUGCAUUAAUGUUUGUGAAAUAAUCAAGUUGGGGAGCUUGACAUAAAAAAUUCAGGGGUAACAGCUCUUGUGCUCUAAGUACGAGUACAGAUAUACUGUAUAAUGCAUUCCUCUUAUUCUCCAUCGUCAAGUAGUGAAGGAUGGAUUGCACAUGCUUGAAUCAAGUAUACGGCUACAUUCUGAUGGAGUUUUGUUGCGGGUCUUUGAUGUUGAGGUUUUUGUGCACGCAAGCUGUAUUAAAUUAAAACCUUUCUUCGAAAUCAAAGAUGAACAGCAUCGCCAACCGUUGGAUCUACUUGCUAUUUUUAGAUCGUAUCCAAAGUAGUAUUUAUCGUUGAAUUUGCCUUAAGAUUGUUAGAGAUGUAGGCAUAGAUACCGAGCCGCGACUUUUUAAAUUAAACCUUUAUAGUGAUCUGGUGAGUGCCAUAGAAGACUCGAUAUAUCCAGCUUGUAUUUAGGAUCUUUAAGUAAGACUUUGGGCUAUUUUAAUAUUAUUUUUCUGUUCAUAUUAAUUUUCCUUGAUAGUCGCUUCUCUGGAACUUAUGCAUUUACAAUGGAGAUUUGAAAGUAAUAAUAUAUAUCUGUAGA